UGACCGCAAGCAGCAGCAGCAGGUACGUGUGUGUGUGUGAGAGAGAGGAUACGUUGCGCCACCACUGCACCAUGACUGCAAGCAGCAGCAGCAGCAGGUGGAUAGUCAGCUGCGCUCCUCGAACAGAAAGCUCAGUGAACUCCAUGAGCAGCUGCAGGAGCUGGACGCCUACAUCGUAGCCAAGGGCAACGAUGAAACCAGAGACGACCCCCCCCAGUCCCCCGGGGCGGAGCGGCGAGCCACGGCGCACGAGGAGCGCAUCGCAGCGCUGGAGCGGCAGCUCAACAUCGAGCUCAAGGUCAAGCAGGGCGCCGAGAACAUGAUCCCCAUCACCAAGGAUAAGAAGCUGCUUCAGACUGCCCAGCAGAUGCUUCAGGACAGCAAGACCAAGAUCGACAUCAUCCGCAUGCAGAUACGCAAGGCCAUGCAGGCCACGGAACACACCGACGACACGCUAGGUAAGCCGGACCCGUGUGGGGUGGAGCUGCGUCUGGAGGAGUUGCGUCAUCACUACCGGGUGGAGCACGCCGUCGCCGAGGGAGCCAAGAACGCCCUCCGCCUGCUGGGAGCCAGCAAGGUGCACGACAAGAAGGCCAUGUCCGAGGCUCAGUGUCGUCUCAGUGAGUCUCAGCAGCGGCUGGACCUGCUGCACUUGUCCCUGGAGCAGCGUCUGUCCGAGUUGCCUAGCGACCACCCCAAGGCCUGCCUCAUCCGUGACGAGCUGCUGCUGACCGCCCGCCCCGCCGCACCCUACACACACACGCAGUACAGCACCCUCAGCAAGCCCUCGCCGCUCACAGGUACUCUUCACGUGACCCUACUGGGCUGUGUGGGCGUUUUGGAGGCUGUUCCAGGGCGUUGCCGGGGAACGUCGGUCGUGUUGCCGUGCUACAGUCCCGGAGAGGGGCGGUCCUUCAUGAGAGGGGGGCGGAGCCUAUACGCGAGAAGCGGAAGUGUGAGCGGCAAGACACCCUGCAAGGCCGACGAGCUCUCCUCGGAGGUGAGUGCCGUGUUAAAGCUGGAUAACUGUGUGGUGGGCCAGACUGCAUGGAAGACUGUGGGAGAGCAAGCUUGGGACCAGACGUUCACUGUGGAGCUGGAGAGGUCCAGGGAGAUGGAGAUAGCGGUGUACUGGAAGGACUACCGCUCCCUCUGUGCGCUGAAGUUCCUCAAGCUGGAGGACUUCCUGGACAACCAGAAACACAGAGUGCAGCUCGAGCUGGAACCACAAGGGCUACUGCUGGCUGAGGUGACCUUCUUUAAUCCGGUGAUCGAGCGCGUUCCUCGUCUGAAGAGGCAGAAGAAGGUCUUCUCCAAACAGCAGGGUAAAGCGUUCUUGCGAGCGCGGCAGAUGAACGUGGACAUCGGGACCUGGGUCCGCCUGCUGAGGAACGCCAUCCCCACCGUCAACAGCACCGGCACCUACAGCCCCAACGCACACCAUCUACCCUCAGGGGAGAUCUCGGUGGAGAAGUUGAGUCUGGACUGUGACUCUCCUCUGAGGUUUGAGUUCAGGAGAGACGUGGUGGACACAGCCACGCCGGAGCGGCUGCCUGUAUCUGAGUCCUUCUCGAGUCCUGACGUCACUCCAGAACGACACAGCAGAACCUCCUCCCAGAGUAAGCAAAAGAAGGCUCCUUUGUCUCUUGAGGACUUCAGACUCAUCGCUGUCCUGGGGAGGGGACACUUUGGGAAGGUGUUGCUGGGGGAGUAUAAGAAGUCGAACACGAUGUACGCUAUCAAGGCCCUGAAGAAAGGAGACAUCAUGGCCAGAGACGAGGUGGACAGUCUGAUGUGUGAGAAGCGUAUCUUUGAGACGGUGAAUAUCUCGCGCCACCCGUUCCUGGUCAACCUGUUUGCGUGCUUCCAGACGCCGGAGCACGUGUGCUUCGUCAUGGAGUACACCGCCGGGGGAGACCUCAUGAUGCACAUACACACCGACGUCUUCACCGAGCCACGCGCUGUGUUCUACGCUGCUUGUGUGGUUCUCGGUUUGCAGUUUCUCCACGAUCAUAAGAUUGUGUAUCGAGAUCUGAAGCUGGACAACCUUCUGCUGGACACUGACGGCUACGUCAAGAUCGCAGACUUUGGGCUCUGCAAAGAGGGUAUGGGUUAUGGGGACCGUACCGGUACGUUCUGUGGCACUCCUGAGUUCUUGGCCCCCGAGGUUCUAACGGACACAUCGUACACCAGAGCAGUGGACUGGUGGGGUCUGGGGGUGCUCAUCUACGAGAUGCUGGUGGGAGAGUCUCCAUUCCCAGGUGAUGAUGAGGAGGAGGUGUUUGACAGCAUAGUGAACGAUGAAGUCCGUUACCCACGAUUCCUCUCCAGCGAAGCCAUCGGCAUCAUGAGACGGUUGCUGCGUAGAAACCCUGAGCGCCGCCUGGGCUCCAGUGAGAAGGAUGCAGAGGACGUCAAGAAGCAGCCGUUCUUCAGGAACAUCGACUGGGAGGCGUUGCUGUUGCGCAAGGUCCCUCCUCCGUUCCUGCCGUGCAUCGUGGGUAAGGAGGACGUCAGCAACUUUGACGAGGAGUUCACCUCCGAGGCGCCCGCCCUGACGCCCCCGCGCGAGCCCCGGCCCCUCUCCCGCCGGGACCAGGACAGCUUCAGGGACUUCGACUACGUCUCCGACCUCUGCUGAGACCACACACACACACACACACACACACACACACACACACACACACACACACACACACACAC